AGUGAGAACAUUUAGCUUUAAUAACAGUGCUGGGGGAAAAGUCAAAUGGUCACAAGGAUCAAAAUAGUUUUCGCAUAAAUGUGUUCAGCGUCAAUCUGACCAUAAUGUUGUUGGACUGGAUCAUAGCUGCUACCUCUUUGGCAGAGUUGAUUUUAGAGACCGAUAAUAAUGUUGGUAAGCUAUGCAUUUAAAUCUUGAGCCAUACAACCAUUUUACACUUUCAAAAUGACUACGUUUCACGUGUUUAUUUUUCACUUGUGGGUUUUCAGUAGCGCGUUUCCCUGGUUUAUUACGGUGCGGCCACUUGAGGUAAGCAGCGCCUUCAGGAUUUGGACACACUAGGACACACUACCUCUGCCGACAAGCGCGUCAACCACUGCAGCAGCAGCAGUAGUGCACAGACAGUAGCAGGCCUGUGAGGAGCCACAGGCUACAGACCCUUCAGUCUUGAUUUUCUCCGUGGCUGGUGAUGAGACCUGACAGGAACCGUAGCUGCUUAAAAUGCGCCAUCAUCUUCAAAACACGGGCAUGCGGCCGUGUGUAUACAGAGCAAUAUGUUCCGCUGAAAUCAAAGAGGGCUGUUUAAAAAAGGAGUCGCUUUUCCGUGUUUGUCAGUUAAAAGUCUGCUCUUUACGUUUUUUCCUUGCGUAAUUUUGGCACCGGAGACUGGAUACCGCGUGGAACGGGAUUAUUUUGGCGAGGACAUCUCUAGUGUUCUCCCCCCCUCCCUGCAUCCGUUAUUGUCCUCAACAGCAGACACAGAGACUCGGAAGGUGAUUAUCUGUAUGUAGUAACACUGUAAUGAGACGAGGGGCUGUUUAAAUGAAAGCCAGCAUCACUGCAUCCCGAUUGAAGCCUUCAAUCUGCAAUGUCUGGGAAUCCUCCAGCUGCUCUCUGAUACUACUUUCUGAGAAUGGGAUCAUAGUAAACCUCUCUGGGAUUUAGAUCAACUGCUAGCAAUGUUGCAGCCCUCCACCAGAACAGGUGACAGCCUGUUGGUAACAUUACCUCACUGGAGUAAGUGUCUGAGAGAGGCCCUCUUCUUCACCCUCUGCAUGGCUCUCCUCUGGCUCCCAGAGGGAGCAGGAUCUACCCUAAACUGCCAUAAGACAUGCAUCUGCGCCUCAAACAUAGUGAGCUGCUCCAAGAUGAAUCUGACCGCUGUCCCAACUGAUCUGCCACACUACACUGCUGUGCUGGAUCUCAGCUAUAACGAGAUAGCACGGUUGCAAUCAGAAUGGACUCCAAAUAAGCUCCCGAAGCUCCAUAACCUCUUGCUCAGCCACAAUGGUCUCGACUUCCUGUCUGAAAAGGCCUUUGUAUAUGUGAAACAACUGCGCUUCUUGGACCUGUCCUCCAACAAUUUGCAGCAGCUGGAUGAGUACAUCUUUGAGCAUUUAGCCAACCUGGAGGUCCUCUUGCUGUACAAUAACCAAAUUUCGCAGAUUGACCGCUCAGCCUUUAUUGGAAUGAAAAAUCUUCAAAAGCUGUAUCUUAGUCAGAACCAAAUCUCCCGCUUCCCUUUGGAGCUGGUCAAGGAGAAGUCCCGCCCGGAGAAACUAGGCCUCCUGGAUGUGUCCUCCAACAAGAUUAAGAUGUUGCCCAUUGAGGAGCUCCAGGUGCUGCCUGCUUGGAUUAAAAAUGGCCUCUACUUCCACAAUAACCCUCUGCUGUGUCACUGUGAUCUCUACACACUCCUUUCCCACUGGUACAUUCGAAAACUCAACUCUGCUGUGGACUUCAAAGAUGACUACACAUGCAUUCUGCCUGGUCCACAAAAAACCCAGUUAGGUGUUUUUGAUCUCAGUGGUGACAGCAUGAACUGCAGCACAUUCAAGGAGGCAGAUGAAGAGGCUUUCCUGGAGCAAAAGCUCACCCUUCGCUGUGACACCAAAUACCGGAAAAAGUCACAGACCUGGACAAUGCCUGGUAACGUGGUGGUGACACCUGGCAGCAACCAGACAGCCAAAGUCUUGCCAGAUGGAAGUCUGCAGAUCAAUCCAGUGAGGCCCGAGGACUCCGGGACCUACACAUGCUUUGCAGUGAGCGAGGCCAUCAAUGAGACAAUCUAUGUGGUAGUGAAAGUUCACAACUUCACCAUGCAUGGGAGUGGGGAGACCAUGAACACAGCUUACACCACCUUGGUGGGAUGCCUGGCCAGCGUGGUUCUGGUGCUCAUGUACCUUUACCUGACGCCAUGUCGCUGUUUCUGUUGCCCCAGCAAGGGUAAGACUCGGGGUGAGGACAGCAUCCACUCCUCAAUGCUCAGUGUGACACCGACCCAUAAGGACCCAGCGCUCAAGGUCGAGAUGAACAGGCACGUGGCGUUCAUAGACUCCAAGGACUUGCAGGGUCAGAACGGCAAGUGGAAUCCCAAUGGGGAUGAGGACGAUGAUGAUCUGGAUGCAGAGGUUGGUUCUCUCGUGAGGGGGAAGAGGAAGAAGUCUGUAGCAGGGUCCAUCAGCUCCGUCUUCUCAGACACUCCCAUGGUGGUCUGAGAUGAGACGAUGGAUACCACAUGACUAGAUGUGUAUAUGGUGCAAUAUGAGUCAUGUCUUAGUUCAUGUAAACUGUGACUGUGACCUUGAAAUGGAGAAAGCACACUGACCUGGAGAUGAUGGCAAGCGGAAAUAAGGAUCUCAAAGGGAGUUAAAAAAAAAACAAACUGUCUUGUUGUUGACAAGGACAAUAAGCAGGACUUUCCCAGCAUUUUAAUCUGUAGCACUUAAAAUUCAUACUGUGAAGGAGUGGUAACGUACAUGCACAGCGGAAACUGCUGAAGUCUUUUGAGAGUAAAAGGUAGAUAUGCUGUUGAUUUCGGCACUCAGGAAAUGAUAAAUUAAAUUGAACGAACGUGAGAAAUGCGUACGAUACAACACAGGGUUUGAAAUUAGAUUUUAAAAAACUAUAAACAGUUUGCACACACAGUAUAUAAUGAAACCAUGGCUGGGUCAUUAUUAUAUUUAUUACAAAGACUAGAAUAAAUAGCAUCUUACGUAAACAUUAGAGCAUGGACACAUUAGCCCCUCCUCUAUCAACACAGAGACUCGGACAGACUGCAGUCACAAAUCUGUGAGUACGUGUCAUGAACCUUGAGUCAUUUAUUGAGAAACAGCAUGCCAUAAACCCACAUUAUAUCAGACUGAUCAGUAAAGAGUGGGAUAAAGGAAAUGUGGAUUCAUCAGACAUUUGGUCAUUUAUAUGGAGACAACAGUAGCACAAACAUUAUAUAAAGAGGCCAUUGCAAGUCAUUUCCAUAGCCAGUACUUAGCUGUACUCAGAUAUAGUCGUCAGACUGAUCCUUAUUCAUAUACAUAGUUGUAUGUAUAGCACUGUAGGAGAGAGCUCUUUGUUCCUUUGCUAGUUUAAGGAAUACGUUUACAUAGAUGUAUGUUGUAAAACUGUAUCAAAAUAGUUGCCUCUUAGAUCAUGCACAGCUACAGUAUAACCCAAAAUCAACUUUUGAAGCCUUAUACAAUUAGAAACAUGUAAUGCUUCCAGCAGAUACACAUUAGCUGCAGGGAAGUGUUUUGUCUUGACUGAGUAUCUACAUACUGUCUCAAUUCUGCCAUGGUCCUUACACAGGCUAACAGGCUUCUGUUUAUUGUCCACUGACGUGCCACUUAACUGUACUGCAGAGUUUGACUCCUCUCAGCCAAGUUACAACAUUUGUUUCUCUCAGUCACACUAGUUAAGUACCAAGCCGAUGAUGAGCUGCCGGUUUGCGUUUAUGUUAUAAUUUCCUGUAUGUAAAAUGUACACCUUCCACAAAAUCCUGAUAUAUUUUAAUGUACACAGCUUACAAAAAACAUAAAACUGUUGUAUUCACAUGUCUUAAAUGAUGUCAUAGAUUUAAGUAUUUGAUCUUGCAUUUUGCGGAGAUGGACAAUUCCCAAUGUCACACCGAUGUGAAAUGUAGCUGUUUUACCUUGUGGUCGGUAUAAAAUGAUGUACAUUGUAUUAGCAGGUAAGAGUUAGAGUCUGCCACCUACACCUAAUGAAACCUACAAGUUUCCUCCAUAAGAUGAAGUUUAUGAAUAUUAUAAAUGAGUCUGUACAUUGUUUGACAGGAGAGAGCAGGUUUUAGAGUUUGUAGCAGCUGACAGGAAGCCCGGUGUAACACAGAGAGCUCUGGUUAUAUCCUUCAGAGGGUCACUUUAUCUCUUCAUUACUGAAUUUACCGGUCACAUCAUCAUUUUCUGUGCAUAUUUUAUCAAGGUUUAGAACAGGAGACUGUGUCUUAGCAUAAAGAAGACAGAGUGAUUUCAUUAAACUGUGCUGACUUAAUAACACUACAAAACUAGACUGGCAUAAAUGCUAAUUACAUCUUUUGAUGGGAUCCCUCUGCUUUCCAUGGCUUUGUUGUUCUCAGAUGGAGAUGAUAGGUGUGUUAUCAUGAGUCACAGCAACACAAAGCUGUUCUCUCUGGCGCUCUGUACACUGACCACCUCAGUUCAUCCCAGAUGCGUUUGCUUUAGUUGUACCGCGCCAUUAUGAGGCUGCCUUUACUUAAGUUCAAAAGCACUCAUUCAAUAAGGCAAUGAAUGUGAUGCCCUUUAAGUCACUUGUUUAUGAGCGAAACGCACAAAGCUUUCAUUGAACAUUUGCUCUUCCACUGACUCAUGUUUGGAAAGUACAGUUUAAUAUAAGAAUAAAUUACACUUUUGAGCUUUCCAAUUAAAAACCCCCCCCCCCCCCAACACACACACAUAUUUAUAUAUGUGUGCUGUCAAUCUAUUAUUUGUGAUUAAUCGGCUGAUUGUCCAUAUUUAACUCACGAUUAAUUGCACUUAAUCUGUUCUAAACAGUGGUGGAAAGUAACUAAGUACAUUUGCUCAAGUACUGUAC